AAAGAAUCACCGUCCAAACCGCCACUGGGGAAACCAAAAUCAAGAUCCAAAUCGAAACUCCGAAUAUUCACUCAUAACGCCCUUGGCGCUGCUUAAUCCCGUCAUGCACAUCCUGGUCGUCAACGACGAUGGUCCCCCAAACACCAAACUUUCACCCUACCUCCGCCCUCUAGUCGAAGCUCUCAAGGCAACCGGCCACCAAGUCUCCGUAGCAAUCCCCGCAGCCUCACGCUCCUGGAUCGGAAAAGCCCACCUAAUCGAAGCCUCCCUAACAGCCAGCUACGUACACCCAGACGCCUUCAACGCAGACGGCAGCUGGGACGAGACCUUCGAAUCACCAGACCCUGAGAAUGACUGGGUGGUGGUUCGCAACGGUACACCGGCCAGUUGCACGCAACUGGGGUUGUACAACCUAUUCACCGAGCGCGCGCCCAUUGACCUCGUCAUCUCGGGCCCGAACCACGGCCGCAAUGCUUCCACCAUCUACAACCUGUCCUCGGGGACGGUAGGCGGUGCGCUGGAAGCGGUGUUCUGUAGCAAGCGCGGUAUUGCUAUCUCGUUUGGUAGUAAGGACCCGCAGCCUGAUGAGAUUAUUGCUGCGGCGGCCAGACUCGCUGUUAGGGUUGUCCGACAUCUUUAUGAGAAUUGGGAUGAGAGGGUCGAGCUUUAUAAUAUCAAUGUUCCGAUGGUUCUUGAUGUUGAGAAGAGGCCUGUGCUUUAUACGCGCACGUUGCCGUAUUAUUGGUCCAGAGGGUGUUUGUAUGCCGAGGAGGGGACGGGGAAGAAGGUUAAUGGUGUGAACGGUGUGAACGGCGUGAACGGUGUUCAUGUCAAUGGCGAAACGAAUGGCACGGCUGUUAAUGGACAUGUUCCUGCGUCUUCCAGACAGCGUCAGUUUAAGUGGUCUGCUGAUUUGUCCGAUAUGAAGAAGACGUUGCAGGAGAGUGAGGUUGGCACGGAUGCUCAUACCGUGCUCAAUGGGUCAACUAGUGUGACUGCCCUCCGAGCCAACUUCUGGCAUGUUCCCGGUCUUGAAGGACCGCUGGACCUUGAUGCUUGAAUGAGUUCUUGAACAGAUUCUGAAUGUUUUGGAUCCUACGAUACCCGCAAUGGUUUUCGAAAAUGCAUAAUAUGGUGAUUUAUGGGAAGACCGGUCCGUUUUGUACAUAUACGGGAAUUGCAUACACGAUUUUCUUUUUUUGUUUACAA